ACAAGCCAUUGUGUAAUUCUCUCUUCCUCCUCCGCCAGCGGCGAACCGCCACCUCCUCCUCUUCUCAGCCAUGGUUGGUUGGCAAAGGAAUUGUAUUCAAUCCCUAACUCGUCAUUUUGGAAAAGCAACACUAUUCGAGACCCAACAAUCACUCUUGCGCCGCCCUUUUUAUCUCUACUCCCAACAUUCGGGAAUCUCCAGUUCAAGGAACUUACUUGAGGAAUUCUCGUCUGAUGUCCCAUCUCCCAAUACACAAACGCCACCGCCUCCAUGUUUGAAACAAGUUCAAUAUGUCUUGAAGGGCGUUACUCAGGACCCUAACAAGAUCGAUCUGGUUGGCAAAUUGGUUCGUGGUAUGCGUGUUGAAGAUGUGUUGUCACAAUUGUCAGUGACAGACAAGCAAGCUGCAAAAACCAUGUAUCAGGCUAUAUUUUCAGCUCGAGCAGAUGCAACAUAUAAACAUGGGUUGGAUCCAGAUCGUCUACUUGUUGCUGGGGCAUCUAUUGGAAAAGGAUUUGUGGGAUUCAGCAAGAAGAGACUGGCUUACCAUGGUAAAGGCAAUGGAAUUAAAGUGAGACCAAAACACCAACUGACGGUGGUUCUAAGGGAGAUUGCCCCUGAAGAGGAGGCGCAGAUAGAAGGACAAAGAGCUGACAAUUUUCUUUAUCUCAGUAAGCGCCUCAGGCUCACUAAGGAGGAAAACCAGCAUGUUCCUCCCCAGCUUCUAAGGAAAAACAAAGACAAAUACUGUAACGCUUCGCCAAGUGGUAUGGCUUCAUGAGCAAGAUACUUCCUUCCCGUGCCCUAGCAUUUUAAAAGAAAGUUUUGAUAUGCAUUACAGAACUCCUCCUCAGUCCUUAGGAUUCAAUAAAAUUGUCGUGUACAACUGCUAAGACCAAGCUUCAGUUUGUUGUAGUGGUCGUUUUUGAUUUUAGGUUUUUAACUGUAUAAUGGCAUCAAGUUGUUUCACUUUCUUCAUUGAGGGAUAUUUUUGAGAUCUUAAUCAUUCGUCCUUGGCCAUUCAUUG